AUGAGUCCUUGGCCUCAACGUGCAAUGCAACCCCCUUCUUACCUCACCUUUUUCGUCAGUCUAUUAUUAGUGGCCCUUGUCGACUGCAAUUUUACUGACUACACUGUUGUACGUAUCGCUACUACAAAGGAUACCAUAAAAGACGAUUUAAGAAGAUUGGACGAGUUGCUGGGAUAUCGAAUAGACUACUUACGACAAGUACGAUGCACUGGCUAUCCAGCGGAAAUGCUCGUACACGAAAAAGAUCUAAAAUUUGUACAGCGUUAUUUGGAUGAGAAGGGAAUAUUGAAUGAGCUUAUUACUUCAAAUAUGACGCAACAGCUUCGCCGGGAACGACGAGCAUUGGCGGCACAUGUGAACGGCGAUAUCACACUCGAUCACAUUCAGAAGAAGUAUCUUUCUUUUGAUGAUCAAAUGGCAUUGCUGCUGCAAUUGGCUCAACGAUUUCCACAAUUUGUCGACGUUUGGCAGAUAGCAACCUCAUACGAAGGGCGUACUAUAUACGCUAUCAAAAUAGGAUAUCCUUCCACAAUCAAGAAGCCCAUUCUGUGGAUAGAUGCAGGAAUACAUGCAAGAGAGUGGAUUUCGCAUUCAACGGCUCUAAAUAUCAUCUGGCAGUUUAUUCAUGACUCUUCCUAUAAACGAUUGCUUCACGAGAUCGACAUAAUAGUGGUGCCAAACACAAAUCCUGACGGGUACGAGUACAGUCGUGAUACGAACAGAAUGUGGAGGAAAACAAGAUCACGAUCCACCGCUAGUCGCUUCAGCGAACAAUGUACAGGCGUAGAUGGAAAUCGAAACUAUCCAUUUCAUUUCGGAGAAGAAGGCGUGAGCCAUUGGCCUUGCCAAGAAAUUUACUGUGGUCGCGUUGCACUAAGUGAGCCUGAGGUCUUAGGACUAGCGGCAGCAAUACUCGAGAGGAAAAAUCAGAUUCGUGGUUACAUUGCUUUACAUUCGUUCGGUCAAGACAUUCUUUACCCUUGGGGACAUAAGGUGCACGUUUAUCCUCCAGAUGUGGAAGAUUUGAGAAUAAUGGCACACGGGGUUGCAGCUGCCAUACAAUCAGUCUAUGGUACACGAUAUUUAGUAUCAAAUAGUGCGGAUGGGCUAUAUCCUGCAUCAGGAGCUGCCGAUGACUGGGCGAAAAGCAUCGGCGUCAAGUACUCGUACACUUUUGAGUUAUCUCCAACUCAGUUAGAUCCCGGCUUCGUCCUGCCAGAGACGCACAUUUCACGCGUCGGCCGAGAAAUUAUGGAAGGAGUGGCUUACAUGGCUAACCGAAUUCGAACCGAAGAGGCAGGGCGACUGCUCAACGACAUUCUUUCAUCCAGACCUAUUAGAAGACGAAGUCAUAGUCGAGUAUUCGCCUCACGGCGUCGCCACGUAUGACUCAUAUUUGUGCUAAUUCUAAGUCAGUAGAAGGGGGUCGCCCACCUUAGACAAAAUCUCAUAGAAUAUAUGAAUUAUAGUCCAACUUCAGAUGCAAUGCCAUAUAUUUUUGAAUUUAAACAGUACUAUAUGCAAUUUGGCUCAAGUUGUCUCACCUCUGUUACGGCUCACAGCUCGAAAUUAAUGUUGUUCAGUCUUAUGAUGUGAGGUGCAGCAUAUUAUGUUAUGUCCGUUGCUUGUGAGUAUCUUUUUAUCUUCUAGAUCUUCAAGACUAGCUUUAUUUUCACACUUACAAAAAUUGAGGUGAAAACUUAUCACAUUGUGUGUCAAAAUGUCACAAAAAAUAUGAAAAUGAAAAUUGGUGCAUGAA